UGACUCCUUCUGUAAUGAUCAGCUACUCUGGUCUAGGGGCGAGGAGAAAAGUCAGUCGCUAGCCUUGUGUAGGGUGUGUGAGGGACAUGAAAAAUGCCUUUCUCCCGUCGGAGACAACAGCCCCGUGAUCUCAUGAAUAUAUUCUAGCUGGCGGGCCAUUGUGCAAUAGUCAGGGAGGUAUGCAAUCCAGUUUCAUAGGCAAAAACGGCUGCUCGGAGCAAGGACCAACUACUACACAGCGAUUCUUCUCACUUUUGUGCAUGCUUACAUUCCGAGUAGUGACGACGCCGGACAAGCAGUGAUACGGAUCUUUUGAGGGACAUUCGACGAGGCUGCCAGCUACAGUUUUAAAGGGGAAACGAUUCGCCACAUCCAGACAUGGGAGCGAACGUUACAACUUGAAGACAGACAAGAGACACUGUUGCGGAUAUAAGGAAAAAUAGCGAACAUAGCCUACUUUUAUUGUCACCGACCAAUACUUCUUGGAACUAUCUACCAGCUGAAUAAUACAGAAUCAAAUAAAUAAUUCCAACCACGGGUAGUUGGAGUCAAAGGCUGCCUGUCAGGGUCUUGUUGACCCCCCCGUUCCUCCGAUGAACCCCCUCAACUCCAUGAAACCCGGUCUGCCUCCCACUCCGCACAGUGACGGUAACUUCCUGUAUGACUCUGCCUCCUGGCAACAAGGCACCAAUCAGCAGCCAGGCGCCCUCUCUGUGGUAACCACUGUCUGGGGCGUGACCAAUCCCUCGCACAGCCAGGUGUUUGGCGCGCCCAUGGGUCCGGGCGGGAACUCUGGAGGUCACAUGAUGCAGGGCAGCGGUGGCGGUGGGGGGAUGAGUCCCGGUGUGAACCACCAGUACCAGAGCUAUGGUGAUAAGGGCUACGGACAACCAGGUCUCUACGGACGCCCCAACACCGCCUAUAACCAAGCACCACCAUAUGGACAGAGUUACUCUAAUAAUGGUGGUGGUGGAGGGGGAAUGGGCCAACGCCCCCCCUCUGACUUCACCCAGGCUGCUGCCGCUGCUGUUGCCGCCGCUGCUGCCACGGCAACCGCCACUGCCACGGCAACAGUUGCCGCCAUCCAGGAGAAGCAGAACCAGGAAAUGAACUACGGCCAGAUGGGUGGAGGACCCUCCUCCUACAGUACCCAGUUCCUGUCCCACCCGGGCCCCCAGCAGGGUGGGCCCCGUGGCCCCCCGGGGAUGAGCCCCAGUGGGAUGGUCCAGUCCCGGCCUGGACAGCACCCCUCAAUGGGGGGCAUGGGGUACCCCUCGCACCCCUCCCAGGGUCAGGGCCAGAGGAUGUCCCAGCAGCACCCAGGCUACCCAGCAGGUCAACAACAGGGGCUCAAACGCCCCUACCAAUCUGAGGGUUUCCCAGGGCAGCAACAGUAUGGUUCAGGGGGCAUGUCUCCGUACCAUGGUGGCCAGCCGCUCCAGUACCCCCCCGGACCCCAGCAGCGCCCGCCCCAGUCCCCAUCAUACCACCCCAACCAGCGCAUGCCCCCCAUGGCACAGUACCAGCAAGGACCACCCAACCCGGCACAGUACUACAAGGAGCAGCAGUACAAUGGGCAGCAGGGUAACAUGCCACCAGGAGGCUACAACGCCUUCACACAGGCUGCUGUCAAUGCGCAGGGUGGCCGAGUGAUGCCGGGGUACCCCAGUUCUCCUUUGGGGGGUAACCCAACCCCUCCCAUGACUCCAGGCAGCAUGCCCCCCUACCUGUCACCCGGUGGGCCUGGACCGGACACCAAGCCCCCCUACCUCCCCCAAGGCCCUGACAUCAAGCCCCCCUACCUCCCCCAAGGCCCUGACAUCAAGCCCAACAUCAACUCCCUACAGCCCCCCACUGGUAACCCUAGCGACGACCUGCGGCUGACCUUCCCGGUGCGCGACGGCGUGGUGCUGGAGCCGUUCCGAUUGGAGCACAACCUGGCAGUCAGCAACCAUGCCUUCCAGCUGCGAGACUCUGUCUACAAAACCCUCAUGAUGAGGCCUGACCUGGAGCUGCAGUUUAAGUGUUAUCACCAUGAGGACCGGCAGAUGAACACUAACUGGCCCGCUUCCGUACAGGUACAAUCACACUUACAGGUUUCUGGUCCUUGCUUACAGGUGAGUGUGAACGCCACACCGCUCACCAUCGAGAGGGGCGACAACAAGACGUCCCACAAGCCCCUCUACCUCAAGCAGGUGUGUCAGCCGGGACGCAACACCAUCCAGAUCACCGUCACCGCCUGCUGCUGCUCCCACCUGUUUGUGUUGCAGCUGGUCCACAGGCCAUCAGUACGCUCAGUUCUGCAAGGUUUAAUGAAGAAGAGAUUACUGCCCGCAGAGCACUGUGUGUCUAAGAUUAAGAGGAACUUCAAUAGUGGGACCAUCCCUGGAACCACAGGGCUGAACGGAGAGGAUGGUGUGGAGCAGACAGCCAUCAAAGUCUCUCUGAAAUGUCCCAUCACCUUCAGACGCAUCCAGCUGCCCGCACGGGGACAUGACUGUAGACAUAUCCAGUGUUUUGACCUGGAGUCGUACCUGCAGUUGAACUGUGAGAGAGGGACCUGGAGAUGCCCUGUGUGCAAUAAGAGCGCUCUACUGGAGGGACUAGAAGUGGACCAGUACAUGCUGGGGAUUCUAAUUUACAUACAGAACUCGGACUAUGAGGAGAUCACCAUUGAUCCAGUGUGUGGCUGGAGGCCGGUGCCCAUUAAACCAGACAUCCACAUAAAGGAGGAAGCAGACGGGCCUGUGUUGAAGCGCUGCCGGACGGUCAGCCCCAGUCACAUGAUGAUGCCCAAUGUCAUGGAGAUGAUAGCUGCCCUGGGACCGGCCUCCUCGCCCUACCAGGGUCUACCACCUGGGGGCAGGAACACACCUGACUACAACAGCCAAGCAGGUCAAGGAUACUCCAGCCAGUCAGGCUUCUCUGAGUUCCCCAACACCCCUGGAACUCCAACCCUGAGAGACUUCACCUCCCCUGGACCACCUAACAUCUACCAGCAGGACCAGAUGUCCCACUCUGGCCGUAUGGACCCUUCCCAUAAUGCCCUGCAGCAACAACAGCAGCAGCACCAGCAGGGUGUCCACGGUAACCAGAGUAUCGGAGGCGGCGUUGGCGGACAGAUGCAGCAGCGGAACUCCAAUACCCAGAAUGCCCGGCUGCAGACGGAGGGUUCGUUCGGCCUGGGUGGAGCGGGAGGAGGAGAGGGAGCGGAUCACACCCUGGACGGGAGGAACUUCCACAGAUCAUUCUACUUCGACAACCGUAAGACAACCAUAAGACAACCGUUAGACAACCCUUCUCCCUGAGCUGACCAAUCCAGAUGAGCUGUUGUCCUACCUAGGUCCUCCAGAUCUACCUAGCAACAGCAACGAUGACCUGCUCUCUCUGUUCGAGAACAACUGAAGACUCACUUUCUUCCUCGUUUAGGGACAGCUUCAUCCUAUUGAGAGGGGGGAGGGGACGGGACAGAGAGGGAUUCAUGUUUUUAUACCCCAUGCCUGCCCAUCCCUACCCUCUGUGGACCAGACCAACAGGAAGGUGCAGAGGGUAGUGAGAGACAGACAUGACUUUCUCUGUCUGGAAACUCUGUCAAGACUCUAGUGUUUUUAGACUCAUUAUAAAGCAUCCCUUUGCACUCUGGAUCCAUCAAAUAAAUGAAAAAAGAAUAAUCCAGUGAAAAAUGGGACUGCCUGCACUGGCCAGCCACUAUAACUGUAAUGUUCUUAAAAAAUCACAAGCCGAAGGAUUUUCAACUUUUUAAAGGACCUUUUUAGAAACCAGAAAAAUUAAGUGUUAUGUUGACUUUCCAUUGUGUAUUUAUGAUUGUGGAACUUGUCAAUAAACGAGAAACAGACAGUGGAUCUCUGACAUGACAUUACAUUACUUAGUGUCAUAAAUAAAACUAAGAGUUGUUGUUGUUCAUUCUAAAUGGGAGUUAUGAAUGCUGAAAUGAAGAUAUGUAGUGUUUACACCAGGGCCCGGUUUCCCAAAAGCAUCGAAGGCUAAAUUAAUCGUUAGAACCUUAAUAGGAGGAUGGUUAAAUUUAUUGAGCUUUUUCCCAAAACCAUCGUUAUUAACAUUGCACGUAAACGCUCAUAGGCCUGAUUUAUCGCCUGCCUCCGACCGCUAGUAGAACAGCUAAGUGCUUAGAAUCUUUUUUUUUUUCCCGCGUCACUUCAUUACACCGAUCUCGCUAAUCAUAGAAUCACAUGGUUUAUCCAUCUCUAUGACCGCCGAAAACUUAAGUACAAAGUUGAAUACAAAUACUAAGUUGCCAAUGUCUUUGCAUUUGAUACAAACAAGCAACGUAUGAAAAUGUUUCAAAUAAAAAGUAGGCUACAGACCUAUUAUAGUCAUAUUGAAAUAUAUUUAAUGUUCAAUCGAGUUCUAUUGUGCUACUUUUAGGCUAGGCUACUGUCUGUAUUUAGUCAAUAUAGUUCAUGUGUAGCCUAACGUGCUUAAUGAUGUGCCAAAUAGAAUAAGCUGCGUCAAUAUUUGCAGCAGUAGGCGGUAAUAUUUCUCUAGGAGCUUAUCCGUCAGUAUUGUGAAAUAAUUCUAAUGUUAAGGUAAGAUUUGGAUGGAGAAAGCUGAUCUGAGAGCAGCGCUCCCGUUCUUUCGAUCCUAUCGGUAUCGACAAGUGCUCCAAUUAUUCAUUUAGCGACCGUUCACUCUACGUUGUGUUUCGGGAAACGGGUACCUACUCGAUGUUGUAGGAAAUGUGCAUCAUUUAACGCCUGGAACAGACCAACAUUGCCGUUGCAUCAACGCUGCAUAAUACUUUCUGCAGUCCAACUUUUUCAUUAUGUAAUCCAAAGUUGUUACUUGGUAUAUGAGCAACAAAAGUUCAACAUUCAUCUUUUGCUACUGUUUGUUAAGUCUACGCAUACAAUUUGAUGCCCAUGUUGGAUAAAUCCAAUGUAUGCACAACACAGAACAAACGCGAUGCAGCAUUCCAUUUUAAAUGAAGGUACUUCUGGUGUACCAAAAUGCAAUUAAGCAGUUGGUCUGCUCCAGGCAUAAAACCAUUAAGCCAAGUUCCAUCAGGAAACUGGUCCCUGGGUAAUGCCAACAGUACACACCUUAAUGUCUCUAUACAGAUGAGGUCAUACAAAGCCAGCACACAAAAGGAGAUUGGAGGGAUUUUUGAGACAGAGAGGUGUCUCAUAUCAGGCCAGUUGGUAAAUAAGGAAACUACUAGAUGUUUGAAUUGUUUGUUUUUCCCUGAGAGGGGGUCAGAAGCCAGACAUGGGGAACUCACCUUCACUUGCACCCUAUCUGUCUCUGGCACUUCUCCCUUCUCACUCUCUGUCUCUCUUUUAUAACUAUACUGCAGAGACAUUUAAACAUGCACAAAUAUACACACACUUUCAAGACCAUGGGAAUGGAUCGAAGCAUCCCCAGUGAACUCCUGUGAAUUGAUGGAGAGAGGACAGGUGGGCAAAUUAUGCUCACCAUGUGUUUCCCAUAUGUCAAGGAGUGAAUGUGUAUUCUCCCUCCAUUCCUUCCUCCCUCCAUUCCUUCCUCCCUCUCUCUUCCUUUCCAGUAACACAUUUAAAACCGCCUAUUUCCAAGGUUUAAACAGCCUUUAUGCUUCCUCUCUCUGGGUCCUUAGCCUGAGGGGACUAUCUGUCUGUUCCCACCCCUCUGAGGUUGUCAUUGGUUUGUAGGCCUAACUGUUUAGAGCACCAGAUGUUGGAUGUGCAAUGUUUAGUUUAAGAACAUCUGUAUCCAAUUCAUUUUUUUAAUAAUCAUGAUAAUAUUGUUGUUAUUAGAGUAAUUAAAGUGUUGGUGAAGCUGUGCACAUCUGUCCUAUAUGUGUUUAAACUAACAGAGGCUAUGAGUUAGGAAAUGUGUCAUUCAUAAUGUCAGAAGAAAUAUGGGGGCCUGUAUUCACACAUUCUCCGAUCAUAAUGAGUAAAUUAAUAUGGAUUAUAUGGACCAGAUCCUAGAUAAGCAUUCCUACCCUGAGAUGCUUUGUGAAUAUGGGCCAUGGUUACUAUAUGAGACAUGAACAGCACAUGCUAUGUAAGAAUUUUUAAUGGUUUAUUAUUCUCUAGAUGAUGAUGCUUAGAGGCUAAUGUCAGUUAAUAAUAAUUAAUGAAAUGUUGAAUUGUCCUAUUUAACUGCACACCAGUUUUUCUAAAGAUGAUUUCCAUAUUUUCCAUCCGUUUUCUAAGUAAAAAAUGUCACUUCUGAA